AUGGCGCCCCCCGGGCACCCGCCAGCGCUGCCCACGGGGUUUCCGUUCAGAGCUCUGCCCGUAGCACCUCCAGCACGCAGCGCUCUGCGGCACCACGAGGUCCUGCCAGGCUUUGCGAUUUUAGAGACUUGUUUGCACUGGGCAUGUAAACGGAACCAUGCGCCAGUGGUGGCUUACCUGCUGCAUGCCGGUGCCGACAAGGAGAUCCUCACCAAGAAGGGCGAAAGGCCGGCCCAGCUGACGUCAAAGAGCGAGAUAAGGAAGAUGCUGGGAGUCGAAGACGAUGAACUCCCAGACUUAACGAAAGAUUCAGACCUGCCAAUCAUCCCUAACUAUCUGGCUAACCCACCCUUCCCUUAUGUUUAUAACACCGCGAGCGACAGCACUGCAGAUCCCGCCGUGAACGGGAGUAUCUCACGCUUGGAAUCGCAAGACGCCGACUGUUCCUCCUCGCCCGACGUGGAGACUCACGCACGUGCCCCAUGGCGGCACGGGAACAAGGCCGGCCCCACGCCAUCACUGCCCGGAGCCGGCACCGCGCCGCCGCGCGCAAAGCCCGUCCUGCAGAGAGGUCCGCUCUACCAGGGCUCCGUGUCUUGGGGCAGAACCCCCCCACCGCCCGUCGGACCCGAUCAGUCCCUACCCCAGGAGAACGGCUCCUGCGUGGGGCCUGUGCCAGCGUUCCAGCCCGUUUUCUUCACAGGAGCUUUUCCACUUAAUAUGCAAGAACUGGUGCUUAAAGUUAGAAUACAAAACCCUAAUCUUCGAGAAAAUGACUUCAUUGAAAUUGAACUGGACAGACAAGAGCUGACCUAUAAGGAACUGCUCCGAGUGAGUUGCCAUGAGCUGGGUGUUAACCCUGAGCACGUCCAGAAGAUCAGAAAAUUACCAAACACAAUGUUAAGAAAGGACAAAGAUGUUGCAAGGCUGCAGGAUUUCCAAGAACUGGAGCUUGUUCUAACAGUAAGCGACAAAAACUUAUUUUUGAGAGCCCCAACGCUUUCUGAACGGAGUGGUUAUAACAAGAAGGCAUCAGAACUGACAUAUUAAUUGUUUAAAGAAUAAAACAAAAGAUUUGUAUCUCUUAUCUAAAAGUACGUUUGAAAUACAGUAUCUAUAAGGGCUAAUGAUGCUAAAAAAUUCUAUUUUGUUAACCUUGAAAUAAACUAAAGUUGUUAUGCA